AUGCUUUGGAGGUAUGCUACAAUACUCGUUGGACUCUUACCAACGGAAGUCGCGACGACGGCGGACCCCUUCCGCCUCCGGUUGAUAUUUCCAUUUGCAGGACGAACGUGGGGUUACGAUGAGGACUAUGCGAGUGUUCGUACACUCGGCUCCCAGCGGUGGGGCGCGUACACGGGCGUUGACUUGUCGCCCAAUGCCAUCAAAGGGUCAACCUCCUCGCCUAAACGACUUCUGGGUUUUGAAGGCGGGCAACGCGAUGGUCCGACGACCUCCAUCGCGGCUUCGAUUCGGCCGGAAACCGCGUGGGCAUCUACGGGAAAGUGCCCAGGCUGGACUGAGGUUGAAGGGGGCGUUCGCAGAAUCCAGGCGCAUUUGGGAUGUGGCAUUGGGCUCGAUCCCGGUCUACGAGGUUUCACGGUACAGGAGCACGGGCCCGUGCAUCUGGGAUUGCUUGAUCUGAUUAUGCUCGACGAAUGGGAUCCACCCAUCGAAGGAGGAUCAUGGGGGACCAAAUGCAAGGGGUGCUCGAGUGGCGUGUCCAACCGUAGGAAUCAGCUGGAGCUACAUGCCAUCUCGACCGCACUGCCCAAGGCUGCUACCCAGCUCUGCCGUGCUCGAGCGCUAUGCGAGUGCACCUGUACAGCUCUUGGAGGGCCGUUGACCGCAGCGAAGCAUCCGGCUAAUCUGUUCUCGAUGAGUCGCUUUCAGGUUUCUACUCACGGCGAGCUUGGCAUGUCUGCGGGGGGCGGCUUCCACGUAGUUACACAUGGUGCGCGAAGCGGCGAGGGGCCAGAGAUACUCUGGAGUGUAAGCCACAAGGUGUAUUUCGUCAGCGGCGUGCGAGGAGUAAUUGCAACUCGGCGCAGCGCGUGCUGUGAUGCAAAUUACAUUCAGGUCGUCCAAGCGAUGUCUCCGAAGCUCGACUACGCUCCUUCCAUGUCAGACUCCCUCCUCGUCACUACCGCGCACUCCUUGUCAGCGACCGCAGCGUCUAGACAGAAUGGCUUUGGCUUCCCGCCACAAAUGCCUCAUCCCACGCAGUGCGAAGAGUACGUGUUCAAUUGGGCCGGUGGAACCCCGCCUUUCAAGCUCAGUAUCAAUCGCAACGAUUUCCUCGAGCUCGUCGAAGUUGUGGGUAUCCCGGAACAAGAGUUGCCUUGGACGGUCAGCGCUCCCGCAGGGAUGUCCAUUUCUCUGCAUCUGCUGGCCAGCUCCGGCGAGCAUAGUACCGGAGGCCCGUUGACCAUUUUACCGAGUAACAAUAACAUCGGUGCCAGCCUCGUUCCCGCUUCCGACGGCGUUUCCGAUGCAUGGACCGAGUUCCAGAUCAGGCGCCUCGUCGCUACCUGGAUCCAGCCACUCCUCGGCCAUCUCAGCUUCUUUGUUCAGGCCGCCAGUCAUCUUCCCCUCUUCACCCUCGCAACCAUCAUUAACCGCCGGCCGAAGUCGAGCAACCUGUCGUCUUCCGCAGGCACGGGCAUUGGAGUGACAGCCUCGCUAGCCCCACCCACCCAAACACCGAGCACAGGUCAUCGUGAGACCUGGAACACGAGGGCUGUUGCUGGCGUGUCUGCCGCGGUGGUUUCCCUAGUUAUUCUUGCCACAGGAGUCGCGAUCUGGUUCUGCAUGCGACGUCGGCGGAGGGCCAGGAUGGAAACGAACAACAUAGUUAUCUCAGGAGGGACCCCUUCGACCUCUCGUGCUGAUAGGCUAGAGAUGACAUCGUGGGAUACUACGACUGGACGUCGUCUGAGGCCCGUCACAUUGUCUUCUGGUCCAUUUGCGGCCAACACCUCUCGCGAGCUGUUCCGCGUCGAGUCUUUGUCUCGCGGAUCGGUGCUCCGCGGCCAAUAA